AAUAGGCGAGGUAAGGUUAGAGUGUGUCAGGAUCUCAUGAAGGAUCCAGUGACCAUCCAGUGUGGACACAGUUUCUGUGAGAGCUGUAUUACAGGCUGCUGGGAUCAGGAGGAUCAGAUGAGAGUCUGCAGCUGCCCUCAGUGCAGACAGACCUUCAGUUCAAGACCUGCUUUAGCUAGAAACACCAUGCUGGCUGAAGUGGUGGAGAAACUGAAGAUGACCAAACCUCCUGCUGACUGUGACGCUGGAGCUGAAGAAGUGCAGUGUGACGUCUGUACUGGAAGAAAAUACAAAGCCGUCAAGUCCUGUCUGGUGUGUCUGAACUCUUACUGUCAGAACCACCUCGAACAACAUGAGAGAUGGUUUAAAGGAAAGAGACACAAUUUGACUGAUGCCACUGGACACCUACAGGAGAUGAUCUGCCAGAAACAUGAGAAGAUCCUUGAGGUUUUCUGUCGCACUGACCAGAAAUGUAUAUGUGUGCUGUGUACGAUGGAUGAACAUAAAAACCACGACACUGUCUCGGCUACAGCACAGAGGACAGAGAAACAGAAUCAACUGAAGGAGACACAGAAGACGCUCCAGCAGAGAAUCCAGCAGAGAGAGAAAGAUCUCCAGCAGCUGAGAGAGGCUGUGGAGUCUCAUAAGCGCUCUGCACAGACAGCAGUGGAGGACAGUGAGAGGAUCUUUACUAAACUGAUACGAUUGAUCAGAGAUCAAGGAAAGCAAGCAGUGAGUCGAGCUGAAGGACGACUGGAGCGACUGGAGCAGGAGAUCAAUGAUCUGAGGAGGAGAGAAGCUGAGCUGGAGCAGCUUUCACACACACAGGAUCACAUCCAGUUCCUGCAGAGUUUCCAGUUUCUAUCAGAACCUCCUGCAUCUACAGAUGGAAAUGAUGAUUCCUUUGGUUCUCUCUUCUCUUUUGAUGGUCUGAGAGAAUCUGUCCGUCAGCUGAGAGACAAACUGGAGGAUUUCUGCAAAGAGGAGCUCAAGAAGAUCUCAGACAGAGUCACAAUCACCAACAUUGUUCCCAGGACCAGGAAUGACUUCCUACAAUAUUCCCAUCAGCUCACUCUGGAUCUGAACACAGUGAAUACAUACCUCCAUCUGUCUGAGAACAACAGAGUAAUUACUGUCGCUGGCACAGUCCAGUCAUAUCCUGAUCAUCCAGAUAGAUUUGAUUAUUGGCGUCAGGUGUUGUGUAGAGAGAGUGUGUGUGGACGCUGUUACUGGGAGCUGAAGUGGAGAGGAGAUAGAGGUGUGCGUAUAUCAGUGUCAUAUAGGAGCAUCAACUGGAAGGGACAGGGUCAUGAGAGUCAGUUUGGAAAUAAUGAUCAGUCCUGGAGUUUGUUCUGCUCUCCCUCCAGUUGCUCAUUCAUACACAAUAAUAGAAAGACUGUUCUCCAUGUAAAGUCCAUCAGCAGUAAAAUAGGAGUGUUUGUGGAUCACAGUGCAGGAACUCUGUCCUUCUACAGUGUCUCUGACACAAUGAGACUCAUCCACACAGUCCAGACCACAUUCACUCAGCCGCUCUAUCCUGGGUUUAAUGUUCUUAAAGGAUCAUCAGUGAAACUGUGUUGAUGAAUCAGAAUAGACUGUAGAGAGAUACCACCCAUAAUGCUUUGACCUGCAUGAUGAAUUAGUAACAGUGAGAUGUGAUAGUCUCUUCUUUCCUCUUCAUGACAUUAAUACUGCAGCUGAACUUCUGUCAGUGAAAUAACAUGUCAGAAUAAAUGUGUGUAAUAAAUCCUCAUAUAGACAGUAAGAUGUGUGUGUGUGUGUGUGUGUGUGUGUGAGAGAGAGAGAGAGAGAGAGAGAGAGAGAGUCUUGCUGAGUGACCAUGUCUUAACCCUUAAAAGAGAUCUUAAGGUCCAAGAUUGUUAGGAGUACAGACGAGGACAUUUAAGUGGCUUAAGAGUUUCUUUAGCAGAGGAGAAAAUGGCCGAAAUACUAGAUCAUGCAAGGAUCGUGUUUGUGACCAAUCUUAUUAGAGAAAAACUAACAUCUCCAACGCAGCGCAGAAAUGCCACAGCACCAGAAAUAAAAGUAAUCACGACAUUAAGACAUUUGGCAACUGGGAAAAUCAACAUGAUCUCACAGAAUUCCGUGUAAUGUUCACGGACUUAAUUAACCCCGAAUCUGUGGUGGCAUCAUGGAAUCGCCGAAAAUUCCGUGAUGUGCUCACAGAAGGCAUCAGCCGUGGUCCAUGCAUGGAUUCACUGGUUCAACACCAGCGCUGCAUCGGACCACGUAAAAAGAGUGACUCCGAUGCAGUUAUACUUUCACUGGAGUACCUGACCCCACCCCUACCCAGUUCUGAACAAUAAUGAUGACGAUAAAUUAUCGCGUCGGCAUAUUGAAAGUGUUGAACCAGUGGAUCCGUGCGUGGAGCAUGGCUGAUGCCUGUCACUGACUUACAUUGGUAUCACUUCUGUGAGCCCAUCACGGAUUUUUUUCUGUGAGCCCAUCACGGAUUUUUUUCUGUGAGCCCAUGAACAUUACACGGAAUUCUGUGAGAUAAUUUGGGUCUGUCACAACCUUCUAUAAGCAGAGUGAUCACAGACAAUUACAGCGCUUUCAGAUCCUUUUAUUGUUUCGCAGUUCAUUGCGUUUCCACUGGACAUUCCCACCUUGCAGGCUCAAAAAACAGCAUUUAUGCAUAUAGCAGACUUCCCCGGUGUUGUCGGAGUAAUUGAUGGAACCAAUGUCCGAAUUAUUGCAACGUCAGAAGAUGAGGAUGCUUAUGUAAAUAGAAAGAGGUACCAUAGCAUAAAUGUUCAAGUUGUUUUCAGUGCUGAUUAUAGGAUUUUAGACAUUGUUGCGAAAUGGCCCGGUGCAACACAUGAUGCCAGGAUACUGGCAGAGAGUGGCCUGAGACAUCUGUUUGAAGAACGUCAUGUUCCAGCAAAUUGCCACUUGUUAGGGGACAGUGGUUAUCCCUGUAAACCAUGGCUCCUCACACCUUACCUCCGUCCUGACCAGGGGCCACAGCUAAAUUAUAACAGAGCUCACAAAAAAACCACGGGCCAUAGUUGAACGAGGUAUUAGUCAGUUAAGGAGACGCUUUCACAUUUUGCAUGGAGAGGUGCGACUGGCACCGUGAAAGGUUUGCAAAGUGAUAACAGCCUGUGCAGUGUUUCAUAACAUCUGUAAAGCCAGACAAAUUGCAGACCCUCCCGUGGACAAUCAGACUGAUGAAGAGGAUGAUGAAGAACACCCUCCACAAGGGAGGGAUCUGCCCCAAAGUGGGAUUCCUUACAGAGCCCAAUUUACUAAUUUGCAUUUCAGGCAAGUUACAGUGAAUGCAAUAUAAAAACCAUGACCACACUGAAAAGACACAGCAUAGCCAAAAUUUUUGUUAAAACGAUAUUACGAAGACACACAAAUGCCCAUUAUUUAUUAUUUUUAUUUUUUUAGUAGCUCAAUUUGUAAUUUGUAGUACUCCUCCUGUAAAUAGAGUACUAUUUUCUGCUGCUUUAGGACAUCCAUCUUCAUCUCAAGUUUUUUGUCCAUUAGGGAUUGUGUUGGAGCAGCUGCAGCAGCAGCAGAAGCCGGGGAAUGAGGUGCUUUGGGACAAGGGUAGCCCAGUUGCGAUGUUGACGGUUCACAUUCCUCGGCUGAAGGCUUGGUGCUGCCGAAAGGGGAACACAUUUAAUCUCUGUUAUUUAAUUAAUUUUGUGACCAAUUUGUCUUUGUUCUGUUUAUAGAAUGCCAAGUAGAAUAUGAGAAAUGGCAUUAUAUGUUAAGUAAAAAUGGAUCUUUAUAUUGUAACUUGGCAGUUUGUUUAUUAAA